AUGGCCAAGUCGCCACCAAAGGGAUCGUCAUGGUGGUGUUUCGACACAGGUUCCAAUGUGCACUUGACCAGUAAUCGCUCUCUCUUUGUUCAUCUCGAAGAAAUUCGCCCAGAAAGUAUUGGUGCAAAUGUCGUUGGUGUGGCCACGACGCUGACUCGUGCGUCCGGCAUUGGUCUAGCGCGUCACACGGACGCUCUCGAUGCAUCUCGCAAUUACCAAGCAGAAGUUCGAAAUCUCGUACGAUCGAGCAGCAUCGACAUACAGUGCUUACAAAAUGGGGAGCAGAUGCUCCGCGACGCCCAGGUGUACCGCGUGUGA